ACGUAUACUUCAUUCACGGUAUGGAAUGUAUGUGUAAUGUGUUAUCGGAUCGGUAAUGCUAAUCCUAGAAAUGAUAGGAAGAAAUGUAACUCCACUGUGGCAAACGUGUAAUAUUGUACGAGGAAGACAGUGUGCAAUUAUUCGUCAAGAAAGCAACAGGAGAAAAUGACUGUGAACAAAGAUCUACAGCGAGAACGAAGCCAGUGUACAUUCAAUCCUAUAGAGCUAACUCAUUUUUUGGAUGGCAGUCCAGAGAAAACGGAACAACGUCGUGAACGGGACCAAUUCUUCUUAAAUGAUCCAGAACUAAUUGAUACAAUACCAGUAAGCUAUAAAAGUCAUAAAGAAGUUUAUGAAGAUGCAGUACGAAAAGCCUGUAGGAUCAUACAGAAAGUCAGACAGUUACAAGAAAUGGGAAAAGGUGAUAUGGAAAUGUACACACAUAUUCUGGGUGCAAUGUUAGGAUCUGGUGUAUUGAAAGAUGGAAAUCCAUUGUUGGUGCAUUAUGCCAUGUUUCUCCCAUCUAUUAUGGGACAAGGUACCACAGAACAGCAGUCAUAUUGGGUAUCUAGAUCUUGGAGUUGCAAUAUUAUCGGAACAUAUGCUCAAACUGAGCUGGGUCAUGGAACGUUUAUUCGUGGUUUAGAAACCACGGCGACAUACGAUCCACAAACGAAAGAAUUUAUUUUAAAUAGUCCUACUUUAACGUCCUAUAAAUGGUGGCCAGGUGGAUUGGGUCAUACUGCAAAUUAUGCAGUGGUUGUUGCACAGUUAUACACAAAAGGGCAAUGCAGAGGAAUUCAUCCUUUUAUUGUUCAGUUAAGGGAUGAGAAUACACACGAACCUUUACCAGGUAUCAAGAUUGGAGAAAUUGGUUCCAAAUUAGGAAUGAAUGGAACUAACAACGGCUUUCUCGGAUUUGAGAGCGUUAGGAUACCGCGGGAACACAUGUUAAUGAAAAACUCUCAGGUAUUAGAGGAUGGAACAUACGUGAAAGCGUUAAGCGAUAAAUUAACCUACGGUACAAUGGUGUUUGUUCGAGUAAUGUUAGUGCAUGAUAUUGUAAAUUAUUUAUUGAAAGGUGUUACAAUUACAACUAGAUACAGCGCGGUAAGGCGUCAGGGACAAAUAAAUUCAGAAAAGCCUGAAGUACAAAUUCUUGAUUACGUAACGCAACAGUACAAAAUUUUCCCAAAUAUGGCAGCAUGUUUUGCAUUUAGAAUGGCAGCAGAAUGGAUUUGGAACAUGUAUAAUACUGUUACUGCCGAAUUGGAUCAGGGUGAUUUAGACAAAUUACCUGAGUUGCAUGCUUUAUCAUGUUGCUUAAAAGCAGUUGCAUCCGCAGAUGCAGCUAAGGGAAUAGAACAACUACGCUUGGCAUGUGGUGGACACGGAUAUAUGGAUGCUAGUAGUUUCCCAGCUAUUUACGGCAUGUUAACUGCCAUUUGUACCUACGAAGGAGAGAAUACUGUUCUACUAUUACAAACAGCUAGAUAUUUAGUGAAAACUUGGAAACAAGCUGUAAGUGGUCAGUCGCUACCAUCAACCGUACAGUAUCUUACAGUUGUUGCAAAAGGAACUAAGCAACGUCCUUGGAAGAAUACCUUGGGUUGCAUAAUCGAGGCUCAUCAAGCAGUAGCCGCAGGUAAGAUCCGCUUGGCGACAGAAAAUAUGGAUUCUAGAAUCCAGAAGGGAAUAUCUUCAGAAGAUGCAUGGAAUCAAACCAGCAUCGAAUUAGCUCAGUGUGCUGAUGCUCAUUGUCGAGCUUUUAUUGUGCAGCAAUUUGUCGAAGCUGUAUCGCAAAUCACCUCAGUAUCCAAACAGUUAUUUCAAGUAUUGUCUCAAUUCUGCGAGUUGUACGCCAUACACAGUGUUCUGCAAAGACGGGGUGAUUUUCUUCAAUUUUCUUUCUUGAAAAAUGAGAACAUUCCGUCGCUUCAAUCGCGCCUAGAAGAAUUGUUAGCAGCAAUCCGUCCAAAUGCCGUAGGUAUCGUUGAUGGUUUUGAUAUACGCGAUGAAAUUCUUGGCUCAGCUUUAGGAGUCUACGAUGGUAACGUUUACACGCAGUUAUUCGCGGAAGCUAUGAAGAGUCCUUUGAAUCAAACAAGCGUAAACGAAUCUUUUGAAAAAUAUCUAAAACCAUUUCUUAAGAGCAGUUUAUAGCGCAAUUCUUUUUUAUCUACUUUUUGAUCUUAAAAAAGAUGCAAGUACCACGUGAUUAGGAUAUAAUCCCACUCGAACGUGAUAAGCAAACUGCUUGAACUUUAACUUUAAUAUAUUUUACUGUUAUCGAUUGAUAAAUAUAUAUUAUCGUAAUUACGAUGCCAACAAAUCUUCCUGAAAAUCUUUUUUAUUUAAUAUAUUUUUAAGUAGGUAAACAUUCAUCUGUUAUAUUGUUUGUUGGUAUUAAUAGAAAGAAUUCACUUCGUUAUAAACGAAGUUCGGUUUUUUGAACAAUAGAACAAGUUUUUAGAUGAAUAUUGAACGGUUAAUAAUAUUAUUAUAUUAAAGAGGCAAUUAUGAAAAUAAUUUAUGUAGAAAGAAUGUUAAAAAAAUAAUGAUAUUUUUCUACAAUCUUUAUAGAAUAUUAUUGUAAAUAUUUUAAAACAAUGAAAUAUUAUAGUAACUGGUGCAAAUGAUAUCCGAUAGGGGUGUUUAAGAAAGAUUUUUAGGAAUGUUUCAUCAUUCCAUACGAAUAGUUAUUUUAAACACGUUAUAAAGAAAUAUAUUUUCUAUGUACUUUUGCUAUGAAUAAAGUGAUUACAGAAACACA